AUGGCAGCGCAUUUUAGCGGCGAAUUUCACGGUGUCAUGGAUCAUCAUCGUCAAGUGAUCGGAAGGUAUUUCGACGCGAAUUCUGACGUGGAUUUCGACGGGAUACGAGCCAUCGGGGUUGAUGCGAUAGUUGAUUUGUACUGGAUGCUGCCGGCGGGCAUUCAUCAGGUCUACUCAAUGAGUCUUGUAGGAGUCGGUGUUGGAGUCCUCUCCAUGAGCGGAGAUUAUACUGUUUUGCCGCAGCAACGGAUCAGGAGGUUUCAAGAGUUGAUUAUGCUGAAUUUCGGGCAUCCUUAUGCACGAAUUCGCAUCUUAAGUUUCCGUUCGUACAUCCCGCCACCGCCGGGUCCGACGGCACCGGCGGCGGCAAUGGAGGCGGCGGCAGCUGAAUUGUUGGCGAUGGAGGCGGUGGCGCAUCCAGUGCCGCUGCCGCCUCCAUCGCCAACAAUUCUGCUGCCGCCGCCUCCAGUGCUGCCGCCUCCAGUGUUGCCGCCUCCAUCGCUGCCGCCGGUGCCGGCGGUGGCGGGAUGUAUGAACGGAAACUUAAGAUGCGAAUUCCAAAACAGUAUAAUCUCCACUCAUGGAGAGGACGAAAAGUCCAACACCGACACCGACUCCUACAAGACUCAUCGAGUAGACCUGAUGAAUGCCCGCCGGCAGCAUCCGGGUGUUCUUAUUGUGGCUGAGAGGGAAACUGGAAAGACAUCUCUAGCAUUGGCUAUAGCAGCAGAAGCUAGGGUGCCCGUUGUUAAAGUUGAAGCCCAGCAGUUGGAGGCUGGACUAUGGGUCGGACAAAGUGCAUCAAAUGUUAGGGAGUUAUUUCAGACAGCCAGGGAUUUGGCACCUGUAAUCAUAUUUGCCGAGGAUUUUGACCUUUUUGCUGGUGUCCGUGGCAAGUUGAUUCACACUAAAAAGCAAGAUCAGGAGGCUUUCAUCAAUCAGCUUCUUAUUGAACUUGAUGGAUUUGAGAAACAAGAUGGUGUUGUCUUGGUGGCCACAACUAGAAGCCUCAAACAAAUUGAUGAGGCAUUGCAGCGACCUGGUCGGAUUGAUAGAGUCUUCCAUCUGCAGAGGCCAACUCAAGCAGAAAGAGAGAAGAUACUACAAAUUGCUGCUAAAGAAACCAUGGACGAUGAGAUCAUUGAUUUUGUGGACUGGAGAAAGGUGGCUGAGAAGACUGCUCUUUUACAACCUAUAGAACUGAAACUUGUUCCUGUGGGAUUGGAAGGAAGUGCAUUUCAUAGCAAAUUUGUUGAUGCAGAUGAGCUUAUGAGCUACUGCAGUUGGUUUGCGACCUUCAAGCAUAUGGUUCCUAAGUGGAUUCGGCAAACAAAAGUUGCGAGGCAGAUUAGCCGAAUGCUGGUGAAUCAUCUGGGGCUGACACUGACUGAGGAGGACAUGCAGAAUGUUGUUGAUCUAAUGGAACCAUAUGGUCAAAUAACCAAUGGAGUUGAACUUCUUAAUCCUCCACUUGAUUGGACAGAGGGAAACAAGUUCCCCCAUGCUGUUUGGGCAGCUGGUCCUGGCCUUAUAGCUCUUUUACUACCUAACUUUGAUGUGGUUGACAAUUUUUGGCUUGAACCAUCUUCGUGGCAGGGAAUUGGCUGUACCAAGAUCACCAAGGCACGGAGUGAAGGAUCUGUUAAUGCUAACUCAGAGUCAAGAUCAUACCUUGAAAAGAAGCUUGUAUUUUGCUUUGGUUCGUAUGUCACUUCACAGCUUCUACUUCCUUUUGGGGAAGAGAAUUUUCUCUCUUCUUCUGAACUGAAGCGAGCUCAAGAGAUAGCGACAAGGAUGGUCAUUCAGUACGGUUGGGGGCCUGAUGACAGUCCUGCAAUUUACUAUCACAGUAAUGCGGUUACAGCUUUGAGCAUGGGGAACAACCAUGAAUAUGAGAUUGCAGCUAAAGUUGAAAAGAUGUAUGAUUUGGCUUAUUACAAAGCAAAGGAAAUGUUACAGAAAAAUCGUCGAGUUCUCGAAAAGAUUGUCGACGAGUUGCUGGAGUUUGAAAUCUUGACUGGAAAGGACUUGGAAAGGAUGCUUGAAGAAAAUGGUGGAAUGCGGGAGAAAGGGCCAUUUUCCCUCGUUCAACUUUUUAAUGGACAGGCUGAUGGCUGGAUAGUGGAAAAGAUCAGUCUACUGGCCAGCCCCAAUCAAAAGUGUCCGGCUAGGUUUUGGGGUGUCUACACCAAACUGAAAAUAUUCAACAUGACUAGCUAUAAAAAAGUUGUAUACUUGGACGCAGAUACUAUUGUGGUUAAAAGUAUUGAGUAUCUGUUUAAAUGCGUGAAAUUCUGUGCUAACUUGAAGCAUUCAGAGAGGCUUAAUUCUGGAGUCAUGGUAGUGGAACCUUCUGAGACUGUUUUUAGUGACAUGAUGGGCAAAGUGCAAACCCUGUAUUCUUACACUGGAGGUGGUCAGGGUUUUCUAAAUUCGUACUAUAGCGACUUUGCCAAUGCACAUCUGUUUGAGCCAAAUUUAUCCCCAGAGGUGUUGAAAUCUCGACCAGUUCCUGAAAUGGAGCGACUUUCUACUCUAUACAAUGCAGAUGUUGGUCUUUACAUGCUUGCAAACAAGUGGAUGGUCGAUGAAAGUGAACUCCGGGUUAUUCACUAUACACUUGGACCCCUUAAACCUUGGGACUGGUGGACAUCCUGGCUUCUGAAACCUGUAGAUGUGUGGCAGAAUGUGAGGGAACAACUUGCUGAUUAUCUUCCUGGAGCUGGAGGGGAAAGAAAUCCUAAUGAUGAGUUUCUAGUGAAGUUCCUUUUUCUGCUACCUCUUUGCCUUCUGUUCUUUGGGUACUACCGAUCUCUUCCCCAGGUAUUGCAGCAAUGUCAUUCUUGCAGAAGUUCAUUGGGUGAUAACAUUAGACAGCUUUUACAUAGAAUCAGAUUUAAUGGAGCAUACGCAUAUUCUGGUGUUUCUACGGCAUCUGGCAUUACUUUUAACCAGCAGUUCUCACAUGGUGCACCGUCAAUGAUCCCUGUGUAUUUGGGUGGGAUAUCCGUAAUAGUAUGUUUCGCUGCAGCUGCUGUGUCUCUCUUGCUGGCUCUCGCAGUUGUGCCUCGACAAGUAAUACCGUGGACUGGUUUGCUAUUGAUGUAUGAGUGGACAUUUGCAGUCUUCUUUGUAUUGUUCAGGGGUUAUCUCCAUUUGGUAUAUAAACUUGGAAGGGCAGCAGCAGUUCAAAAGGUUGCACAUGCUGACCAUGAAUCUGAGAAAGGCUGGUUGACUUGGAGCAUUGGCAUUUGA